CACGCCGUCUGGUCUCGGGUCGUGGCGAAUUCGUAGGAAAUUUGACGAAUUUGGCGGCCACGACGGCGACUGACGAGCGGAACGAGAGCGAAAAUUCGUACGAAUUACAGGUCAUCCGCCCAUGCACUCGUCGCACCACUCACCGUCAGUCCGUUGGAUAUCGACAUUAACCCCAGCCUGCAAGUUGCCGAGUCGAUCCAUCUUUCCUUAAAUGGCAAUUCUUCGCGCCGAGAGUCGCGCACGCAUUUAACACGGGCCGAAUCGCAACGAGCGCCGGUUGGAGCCAAGUUUUGGCCGCCGCCAGCCGCAGACUUUGACAGUUCGACCGAAAUUUCGGGUGCAGAUUCACGAAGGACCGUACAAUCCAAUGUACAAUCGCAGCGGCUGCUUGGCUGAUUCCGCUCUCUGCGACGGCUAUUGCGAGCGUGACGUCACGCAAACAGGCUGCGACUUUUCAAAAAAUGAUCACUGAUCUCGCCUUGCAACGAUUUGCUUUGAUCGGAAGCACCUAGAUGGCAAUAGUGAUCUAAUGGAGUUUCAACCAGGAGCUAAAAAUGUUUCAUACUUCUGCAAUAUAAAUCAAAUUUACGCACUUAAUUUCCUUCAUUUUUAUGAAAUUAAAAUUUUUCUGUAUAAGAUUAUAAUUUUAACGUAAUAUUUUUUAAUUUUAAAACAAAAUUGUCAGAAAUAUUCUCGAACUAAUUUAUUCUCUUUCAUUUUCACCACACUCUUGCAGCUGCCCGCAAUCAACACAACAAACUCAACAAACUUUCGCUGCCUGUUUCUUUCUUGCUUAAUUAAUUUAAUUAAAUUGUCCACAUAUCACCAGUUUUCCGGGAAAAAAGCCUGGUCAAUUUUUUUGUAUCUUGUAUGUAUAAGUAAGUAAAAUACACUGGCCACAAAAUGCGUUUCAACGAGAAAGAAAUGGCAGACUAUGGAUGUUCUCCAGGCACUGUCUUCGAAGGAAGACUGAAUUACAAAGUUCCUGCUGGAAAUUUCAGCCAAGCAGUAUUCAAGGAGCGAUGGUUCAAACUGAAAUCGAACCUCCUGUUCUAUUUUCGAUUUACGGAAUUUGGAAGUGUUGAUGCAAAUGAGCCAGUAGGAGUUUUCGUGUUAGAAAAUUUCAAGAUCCAAAUCGAGGAAAGCAAGGAGAUGCCGUUUGCAUUUUCUAUAACGUUCCACGACGAUGUCGAGAAGAAGCAGUAUUUUGCAGCAAGAUCAGAAGAGCUCGUCAACUCUUGGGUGAGCGCCAUCAGCCAAAGUAGCUACGAGUACAUGCGACAAAAACUCCAUACCUUACAAAAUAUGGUCAAAACUGCUUCCGGCUUGGACCGUGUGACUCUGCAACCUUUUUGUGCCACUGCCAGAGACUUGGAACAACAACUACAAGCUCCGCAGUCUCCAUCUCGACCUUCGCGGAAAGGAAGUAAGCUGAAGAGCUCACAGUUCAAGAGUCACAUAGCCGAGUUUGUUGCUCCAGAGAACAAACCGAGGACGUCCAUGCCAAUUGUGUCUCAAAAUAUUCCUGCCAGAAUGCCAAACAAUACCAGUUUACGAGCGUCCAGCCCUUUAAUGCCCAUAAGGCAAGCACCACCACCUCCUACAAAGCCGCCACCUUCUACAAAGCCACCCCCUGUCAAAGAUCUCAUUGAGUUUUAAAGUUUGUGCCUUAAUAUUAUUAAUUACCGAGCAAUUCGAACAAAGCUGUCCAUACGCUUAUCUCACUAAAGCUACGUUUUUAGCGCUCAUAUUAUUCUACUAUUUAGUUUUAUUUCUGUGCCAACAUUUUGGCAUUAGUCACAAAAUUUACUUUUCAUUUUUUACUUUCCAUCCUAUUUCUUAGGCUCGUGGGUUCAUGAUAUGACAUGAUGCACUCCAUUUCACAGAGUUAUAUAUUUUCACCAGAUUUAUAACAAGAGAUAUCGAAGAAGUUAUUGGGAGUUCCAGUUGUCUGUUCAAUAAAUAAUUGUUUAUUUCAUUACAUGAUUGUUAAUUAUGUUAAAGUUCAGAAUUAUAAAUUUGUGUGUAUUGCCAUUGCAAAAGUUAAAUCCACUUAUAUCACUGUAAAAUAAAAUAAUUAUUUUACUUUCCAAACAAA